AUGACUUCGCCUCACUCUCCCACCGAUGAGAAGAAGUACCACUACGAUGCGUCUCCUGCGGAUCCCGAGGCUGUCGUGGGCCAGAUCGACGAGUACGACGCUGGUGAGGUCUUUCGAAAGGUUGGUGGUAUCUCUUGUUGUCUCUCGUGAGGCUCUAAAUUGCAUGAACGCUGACACGGUGAAUGAACCAGGACGCAGAUGUAGAUUUCCGAACAGUUGGCUGGCCGCGAGCCUCUAUCAUCUUCCUGAAGAUCAUAUUCGCUACAGGAGUCCUCUCCAUCCCGACUGCGAUGGUCUCACUAGGCGCUGUCGGCGGCGCGCUCAAUGUCAUUGGAUGGUCAGUCCUUAACACAUACACUGCAGUCAUUCAGGGAGACUUCCGCAAUCGACAUGAAAAAUGCCAUUCAAUCGCGGACAUGGCUGCUGAAGUCGGCGGCUUCUGGAUGAGGGAGCUCUGCGGAGCUUUGUUCAUCAUCGCAUAUGUGCUUUGCUCUGGUACGUAUCCGCAAGCAGCCAAGGCAGCUCACGGCGAUGGCUGAUUGUCCAAGGCUCCGGAAUCUUGGGUGUCGCCAUCGGACUGAAUGCGCUCUCGACUCACGCUGCUUGCACGGUCUGGUGGUCAUUCCUCGCCACCAUCGUCGUCGCUCUGGCGGCAUCGGUUCGCAAAUUCCAGAAGAUCGGCUGGCUCACCUGGGCUGGCUUCCUCAGUAUUUUCACCGCUGUUCUCAUUGUCGUGGUAGCUGUUACCACGAGAGAUCGUCCAGCUGCGGCGCCAGCCACUGGCGACUACGAAUUGGGUUACUACGUGAUCCCAUCUGGUGUGACCUUCGCAGCGGGCGUUGUCGCUUCCACCACCGUCUUCGUCUCAUCUGCGGGAACCAGCGCAUUUCUUCCCGUCAUCAGCGAGAUGAGGAAUCCCAACGAUUACCGCAAGGCUUUAUUUCUUUGCAUGAGCCUGGUCACAGCAGCGUAUCUGGCCUUUUCGCUCGUCGUCUACCGCUGGUGUGGGCAAUGGGUAGCAUCGCCGAGCCUGGGCUCAGCUGGACAGACGAUGAAGAUGGUGGCGUACGGAGUCGGUCUGAUCGGUCUGAUUGUGUCCGCGUGCUUGUAUUUGCACGUUGCUGCCAAAUACGUGUUCGUCAGAAUCCUCCGCAACAGUCGACAUCUGCAAGCAAACACGGUGGUGCACUGGACCACAUGGCUCGGAUGUACUUUUGGGCUGGCCUCUCUCUCGUUCAUUCUGGCCGAGGCGAUUCCCAUUUUCAACUACCUUCUCGCCCUCACGGGAAGCGUGUGCUUCGCGCCGCUGGCAAUCAGUCUACCCGGCUGGCUCUGGCUGCAUGAUCACAUGGAAUGGAGGAAGGGAAGCAUCGUGCAGCAGAUUGCUUUCUGGUUCCACGUCUUGCUGAUUCCGCUUGGUCUUUUCUUCUUGAUUGGCGGCACUUACGGCGUUAUCAAGGAGAUCAUUGCAGCGUACGCUGAUGGAGAAAUCGGUAUGUCGAACAAGGUGCCCCCUAUUUUCAUGUGACUUGACUGACGAUGCGUUGCAGGAUCGGCAUUCAGCUGUGCGGACAACUCCGGAUCUACAUGA